GGGUUGUGGUUUGCAUUUUGAUUCAUAAGGGGUUGUAGUUUCCAUUUAAAGUCGAUUAUUUUUUUAUUCAUAUUCUAACCAAUGGUGUUUAUGGUGUUUGAUUAGGGCACCUUGUGGUGGUUUGUCAUCCUUGUGGUGAUGAUCAUUGCCUUAAUGGCAAGAAAAGGCAAGGGCAAGGGGAAGGCCAAGGAGACAACCAAAGGCAAGGGAAAAGGGAAAGCCAAGGAGACAACUUCCACUCGGAAGGGUAAAGGAAAGUCUAGCACCUUGGCUAUACGUGAUGAGCCAACUGAUUCGGAUGAAGGCGGGGAGAAUCCGAAUGAAGAGGAAGUUCCAAGACGAAGGGUAAUUAGGAGGCCACGAUCCCAUUCAGCCGGUUUGUUUGGAAAAGUCCCUCCGAAACCAAUCCGUAUCAAUAUUUCAGGAGGACAUAUUGAAGAUGAUCAAGCAAAGAAGACUUUGCUUGCUAUUGUUCGUGAAAGGUGGCCCGUUGGACAUUACACGUUCACCGACAUUGUUGAACAUGAUGAUGAAUGGCUAAAACACGUAGUCGAGGAAUUUAAUGUAAGCUACUCUUCUUAUGCUCACAUCGUGAUUUGUAUGCAUGCUUUUUUAUUUAUUUGUAUUAUGUGUAAAUAGUCUAACCAUAUGUAUGUAAUUUAUCUUGAUUUUAUUAUAAUUGUAGUUAUAUUUCAAGCAACAAAAGGGACAAAGCCGGUCCGAAGCAAAAAAUAUAAUUGAGAAGCAUAUCAAGAACACAAUAAAGAGGACGUUGAAUGAGCUCAAGACAAAUAUUGAGCAAAAAUCAAAGGAAAGCGGAAAAUCAAAAUUGAGUUUAAGACCUGGAUAUUGGUCUGAACUUUUUUGGAAGGAUUUAUUAAAUUAUUGGGAAAAGAAUGAGGGGCACUUGCAUAGGUCAUCCGUUGGAUCUACGAACCGCAAGAACGUCGAGCGGUUGCAUAGUGCCGGUGCCCGGUCUUUUAAUAAAGUGAAGGAGGAAAUGAAAAGGAAGGAACGUGGAAAGAAUCCAACUCGCCUUGAAGUAUGGAACCGGACGCAUACAAGGGUUGGAAGUGAUCCCGAGCACCCCGUGUAUACCACGCCUGCUGCAAUGGCCAUAGCGACACGAUAUGCUUCUAUUCUAGAAAGCAGGCCGGUGUCGGUUACACAAACAGGGGAUAGAGACGAGCCCUUGGAAUGGUGGUUGUCAGCAACCGGAGUUCCCGAAGGCAAAAAGCCUAAGAAGGACUACCUUGUUGGAUUCCCCGAGGCUCGUGCUAGUCAACUUAUUCCGACUCUUGCCUCACGUUACAGGGAUUCAACAAGAGGCGAAGCCGGUGGAUCUUCCGGUCAGAGACAAGAAGCCGUCAUUCCCGACAAUGUGUACCUCUCGGUCGUGCGCAAUGUGCUCAAUGAGGUCCGUGCGAACCCCCUUCAAUUUCAGCGACAAAUGUCUGAAGAAGAGAUCGCGAAUUUUGCAAAAACCGCACUAGAGGCCUCCGAUCCAGCUGCCGAUCCAAGUACAAGGGUUCAAUGGAAUUCUAUGAUUGGUGGGGAGAUGGUACACAUUGUGGGGUCGAUGGUCGAGGAUAUACUCCUCAAAAUGGAAAGGAAGGUUGAAGAGGAAAAGGAACGCAGACUCGCAGCGGAGAAGGAUUAUACUGAUCCAGAGGAGCUGUCGGAGGAGGAACGCGGGGGACCCGAAGCCGGUGCUGAUGCGGGUGCCAAUGCUAGUGCUGCUUCGGGAGCGGAUGCUAGUGCUGCUUCCGGAGCGGGUGCUACUGCCGCUGCGGAUGGAGCUGCUUCCGAUUCAGAUGUUACAUUAGAUUAGUUUGGCUUUUGAAUAUUUGUGUUUUGAAUAUUGUGUUUAAGUUGGAUUUGGAAUUUGGUUAAUGCUUGUGAAGGGCUUUUGGUUUGCCCUUGUAGACAAUUAUAAGUUUGAUGUUUGGGAUUGUAGUUAUGGUACAUUUUGUUGUUAUAUAUGGUG